CUGACGUGCGGCUGCUGUGCGAAAGAUGGAGGCAGCAUUGUCGAAGAUCGACAGGACUCGCGCCCUUUCUUUUGCAGGAAGUCCUGUGGGCUUGAUGAAGAGACAGACUUUCUCUUCUGCGACCCCGCGGGGGUCUGUUUUGAGGACACCCUCGCGGCAGUGGAUCAGAAGGACAGACUCAGCUUCCGAUUCGCAGGCUCUUCGAAUUUGGCUGCUCUGAGAUGGCGCUUUGUCUGGGGUGCUAGUCCGAAGGUUGCUGACAGCAAUGGCACGACGUUGCUCCACGUUGCGGCCCGAGCAGGCAGCUUUCAAAUUGUGAAGGACCUUGUUCUUCGGUCCAUUGACGUCAACUCUGUCGAUUGUGCUGGGUGGACGCCACUUCAUGUGGCAAGCUGCAUGGGACGCCAGGAUGUAUCGCUGUACCUCUUGCAAAUGGGUGCAAAGUCCACCAGAACUUCCAGGGGCCACACGGCGGAAAGCCUCUGCAGCCACCCGCACACCAAAGAGGUGGUGGUAGGCUUCGAAGAGCGGCGGCCCCGAGUGACGCAGGUUGGUCUCCCAAUGCGGACGGCCCAAAACUUCGAGAUCAGUUCCUCCGAAAUGGGUGCUAGUCUGCACUUUGAGCCGUUCUUUGUACCUCGGGAGCCAGCGCUUCAUGAGCCUCGGCACCGGGAGGAUGCGUUGCAUUGGCCUCGGGAGCCACAAGUUGAUGUCGAUUUCUUCGGCUCCAUGGGCAAGGAGCGUGAGAAGGACGGCAAGCUAAAGCCGGACCCUGAAAAGGUGAAGGUGAGCGAAAAGGAGUACAACCCAUUUUUGCGUGGAGAGGAGUCCAAUCUUCCAGUGCCAGAGUCCGCGAGCGCCAGCAGCAUCCCGAAGGAUCUAUGUGUGGGCGCUGCCUGGGCUGGGAAGAAUGAUUGGAGGAAGCGCGCGCAGAGGCGGCAGGCUGCGGACAAUGAGAGAGAUGAGCCGCGCAAGCAAGCCGCAUCGCCCAGCCGUGCAAAGCGCGAGGUGCCAAAAGACGAUGUGCUGCGUGGGCCGACUGGAGGAGGUUGGCGGGCAAAAAAGGCGAAACUCUCCGACGGGGUGCUUCUCCCCGACCAAUGGCUGCAACCUCCUCAUGAUGAAGGAGAGAAGGGCAACGCCUUCACGCUUCCUCCUCCAGAUCCCGAGCAGAAUGUGAAGGUUUUGGAAGAGGUAGAUGCGGCUGGACGAAGCAAGAAGCUACUGGGAACGGUGCAAUCGACUUCAGUCCACACGAAGGGACGCAACAAGCGAGGCAAUGCCAAUGCAGUGCCUGCUGGCAAGGACAAAAAGGGCUCGCAAGGUUACUACGAGGAUGAUAAUGUAUCCUUAACCGAGCUACUGCGGCGCGAGCGCGUGGAAGGGGUGCAGGACUAUGAUUCCAACUUUGGGAAGCACAUCUUGAAGAGAGGCGACAAGUUCAAGAUGCUGGACGAGGAUGAGGAUGAGGCUUAUGCUUUGGGCUGGUACGAGAACAAAGACAAGAAAAUGGAUGAGAGGAAAGGUGCAGAGAAGCGCUUGCAGCAGGAGAAGAAUGACAAAAACCGAGUCCAGGUAAACCUGGAGAGAUGCGCUUUUUGUAUGGAUAGCAAGAAGUUCUUUCGCAAGGGCGCGAUCAUGUCUGUGUCCCCGCAUGCGUACCUAUGUGUCGAGGCGCAGAACCGCUGCGUCGUGCCUGGCCAGGUGGUAAUCGUGCCACAGGAGCAUGCAAUGGCCAUGACGGAUGUGGAUGAGGCUGCCCUGGUAGACAUUCGCAACUACCAGAAGUGCCUCAUCUCUUUUUUCGAGUCCGAGCAACCACCUCGAGCUGUUCUUUUCGUGGAGUCGUCGGUCCACCGAGUCUCACGUGACAAGGCGCUGCUGGGCGCGGGGCCGCACUGCUGCAUCACGGCGUAUCCCAUCGAGAUGGAGUUGCUGGUGCAAGCCAGGACCUACUGGAAGAAGGCCUUUGACGAAGCAGAAAAUGAGUUCGAAACUUCGCACAAGAAGGUCAUUGAUACCGAUUCCAAAGGCGGUGUUCGAACUGCAGUUCCAAAGGGAUUCCCGUACAUCCAUGUGGACUUCAGCCUUGGAGGCGGCUUUGCCCACGUUGUUGACAACGUGGUGGACUUUCCCAAGGACUUUGUCCAACAUGUCAUGGCAGGAAUGUGUGAGCUGACCAUAUUGGACCGAGCCUACACUUGCAAAGAGGAGUACAGAGAUGCUUGUACAGAUCUCAAAGAACGCUUCGCGAAGGAUUUUGAUUGGACCCAGGCAUUGCAGAGCUGA